ACACCAUCGUGAUUGAAAAGAUAAGAGAUGUCACGUCGAUUGAUGUUCAAAAUAUCGAAGAUUCUUGUAAUGAAACAAGCGUUUCAUCAUUCCCAAUUAAUGGAUGAACCGAGUAAAUAAUAUGUCCAUUCCUUUCUACCACGUGAUCAAACUCGAACAUACAUUAUACAAAUUAGAAUGAGAUAGCUUGCUCAAUAUCAUUGAGACUAUCGGUGAUAGCCUGGGUUGUGGUAAUAUCUGAACUGAUAGUGAAAUUUUUAGCCAAACAAAAGUGUUUCGAAAACUAGUGAGUGCGUUCAAAAUCGUGACGACCUUUGGCUUCAUUUCAAGGACUUGAAUCAUGGAAACUGAAGAGCAACAGGUUGUUCUAACCUCCAACAGUCAACAACCUUCCGUUAUUGUACAGAAUAUAGCUACAAUCAACGCAACAACUGUGACUGUGGAUUCGGAGAUGACCAUGGCUGGUGGAUCGAACCCACUCUCGGCCACAAUUUCCAACGCCGGAUCUCCCCCAAGUGCUUCAGUGUUGAAUCAAAGGUGUGCCAUUUGCGGUGAUAGGGCUACUGGAAAACACUAUGGUGCAGCGUCAUGCGAUGGAUGUAAGGGAUUUUUUAGAAGAUCUGUUAGGAAAAAUCACCUUUAUACCUGCAGGUUCAGCCGAAAUUGUGUAGUGGAUAAAGAUAAAAGGAAUCAAUGUAGGUACUGUAGACUGAGAAAAUGUUUUAAAGCAGGCAUGAAAAAGGAAGCUGUACAGAACGAAAGAGAUAGAAUAAGCCUUAGGAGGCCUAGUUACGAAGAAAAUAAUCAAAAUAAUGGACUCUCGGUUAGUUCCCUCUUGAACGCCGAGAUGCUAUCAAGACAAGUUGGUGCAGCUUUGGAACAGAUGGGAUCCACGCCAGUUAAUGAUUAUGAUUUAUCGAACAAACAAUUAGCAAAUAUUAAUGAUGUUUGCGACUCUAUGAAACAGCAGUUGCUUAUCUUGGUUGAAUGGGCAAAAUACAUACCUGCUUUUACAGAACUGCUUCUCGACGAUCAGGUAGCACUUCUCAGGGCUCAUGCAGGUGAACAUCUUUUGCUAGGUUUAGCAAGAAGAUCUAUGCAUCUCAAAGACAUUCUCUUACUAGGAAAUAAUUGCAUAAUUACCAAACAUAGUCCGGGUGUUGUGAUGUUAGCAGACUCGAGAAUAUCGCCCGAUCUGGACAUAUCCCGGGUUGGCACGAGAAUCAUGGAUGAGCUAGUCAAACCAAUGACCGAGGUGCAAGUGGAUGACACCGAAUUCGCCUGUCUAAAAGCCAUUGUGUUCUUCGAUCCAAAUGCAAAAGGACUAAGUGAACCGGCUAGGAUAAAGGCUUUAAGGUACCAAAUUCAAAUCAACCUAGAAGACUACAUAAGUGACAGACAAUACGACAGUAGAGGAAGGUUUGGCGAACUUCUUCUCACCUUACCAGCACUUCAAUCAAUAACAUGGCAAAUGAUUGAGCAAAUUCAAUUCGCCAAACUGUUUGGAGUGGCACAUAUAGACAAUUUACUUCAAGAAAUGUUACUUGGAGGUAACUUCACGUUGUGUGCUAGUAUUGAUACAACAGUUAUCACACCUCAAACUUCCAGCAACAACUACCAAAGUGCAAGUGAUUCAGCAGACAGUCCAGUUACGUCACCAACAAUGACUCAGUGUAGCAGCCCUUCUGAUCAAAUAAUGAAUGGAACAAUGCCCACUUCACCACUUUCUACUAGCAACGGUCCUAAUGUGGUUAUUAUGAGAGACGUUCCGCUAGAGGAGAAUGCCUUCAUUUCUUUCAAACAAGAGCCUCUACCAACUGAAAGUGAAACACAUAAUUUUCAUAGUUAAUUUUGUAUUUUUUGAACUGGACAUUGGUCGGCAGAGAAGCUAAAAUAGGUGAUAUUAGUGAGAAUAUUUGAACUGCAAGAUAUUCAGUGCCUUUAUAGACUGCAAGAAUUUGUCAGUGAGAAAUAUUUAAUUUCUGGUUGGAUCUGUACAAUCUACAGAAUUAAUUUCGCAGAGAUAAUUAGAAUAUGGAAACGAUUUUUUGCCAGUAGCGAUUCAAUGCCCAAAAUAACAUCUAGGAGAUGAAAUAAUUGCCUACAUAAAAAUAAUGCUGACAAUCCUCAGCAUUCUCUAUUUGCUACAUUUAUGUAAAUUUUGAUUUGGUAUCUACCAGAGUUCAGACAAUUUUAUCGAAAGGAGACACGAAAAGCUAAAAUAAGGAAAACUUUCGAUUUGAUGCAGACUUAUUACACAGAAAUUCACAUAGCAAAGUAUGUUUGUAAUUCUGGAAAAUAUUCUGCAUCUGAAAAUUAAUUUAAAUCAUAUUAUGGAGGUUUAAUUGAAUACAAUUGAAUUAUUUCGUCGGAAACAUGAAUGCUAGCAAGUGCUUUUGGACAUAAAUGGUAUAGAAAUUCCAUAGAGUGUUUGGUAAUAUGCCAUACUGAAGAUAUAGAGUGCCAAAUCAAACUUACAAAAUAUAAUCAAGUGCACAGUUAAUUUUUUUUAACAAUUUAAUGUGCUUUAGGAGGCUGUGAAAACUUUAGUUUAUCUGAAUGUAUAUAAUGAAUAGGAAGAAAGAGAAUAAUUUUCACGAAAUAAAUUUCAUUGAAGAUAAUGGGAAAUUCUCCUCAAUUUGGCUUAUUACUGCAAAUGUUUCAACUCAAUGAAUGCGAGUUUCACUCAUGAGUUUUUCAAGUUCGCUGCAGAAAUUGUCCAAAUUCAUAUUUGAUAAGAGGUUAGAACUUCGUUUCUCCAAAACUCGAUUCUCUUCAAAGAUUUGUAAUGGUUCUAAGAAAGAGAUGAUUGACUCCUGAAUGAGACGAGACUUUGGGCAUUUGAAACGUUCACAGAAUGAUGUUACGUCUUGUUUACUGAAUAACAACUUAUGAUUUUCAGGAAGGCGUCUUCGUUCAUCAAGUUUAUCUUAUCCACGUUACAUGUAACCCAAGAUGAUAUUGCAAAAGAGGUGCAAUAAUAGUAGAUCUGAAAUCAUAAAAUUAGGCGGUGGCGUGCACUAAAUUUAAAUAAUGAAUUCAAUUCUUUAUUCACUAACUCGAUUAACUCGUGAAGGUUUAUCUGCACUUCCUGCGACUUAUUUAUUAGAUAAACAACGUUUUCUUACAAAAGUUGAAGGUAUUUCAAAUUAUUUCCUUUUAAUUGUAUCUACUGUCUAUGCUACGCCAUUCCUAACGACAGAGUUCUGUCAGUGAACUUGACAUUGUCACCUUCUACGUCAUAGCCCUUCCAAUCGGCUUUGAACUGAAUUGCACAUCCCUUGCUAUAUUUUCUUCAACAUAACCAAUAUGUUGUCCUAUAUUAUCUACGUUAUCUGUAGUCGAUGUUGCCGAAUGGUGAGAUAUAGAAACGAACCCCCAUAUUCAUUCAAUACAUGAAAUAAGUUAACCGUCAACAAAGUUGAAAUGAUGUGUUUCAAACACAUGUUUUGAAGAUAUUUUAUAUAAAAUACUCAAUUCAUUUCGUCGUAAGGAGAAUUCCCCAUUAAAAAGCUAUAAAUCAAGUGCUUCCUUCAGAAGAGCAUGUAGAUAUAGCGUUUUCAUCAUGUUUUGUAGCGGCAAUAAAAAGAUUUCGAUUUCACUGGAACGGGAAUGAAUUUUCAUACCUUUGCGAAAUAUGACAAAGUAAGAAAAUAUACAAGAACUGUUGAAUAAAGCUUCACAAUGACUUCAAACAAUGUGAAGCACGGAAAUCAUCAAACAUAUGGACUUACCUGAUCUAAAUUUGAUGAAAAUGCUUAUAACUCUUGAAAAUUUCAUGAACUUUUGAGUGUUACUGGGAUGGAUUGGUGCUCAAGUUUUUUUUUAUGUUAUCAUCUAUUUAUAUUUUAACUUCAUUAUGUUGUAUGUAGAAUAUAUAGAGAAAUAUAUUCCUUUAUGAUAUGAAUUUUUUAUAACCCAUUUCGAGGUGAAUUGUUAUAGAACUUUUUGUUAAAGCUGACUUGGAAUGCUCACUCUUCAUGUUUUUAUUUUAGUUGAAUGUCUUAACUAUGGUUUUAUGGUUGAGGAAUGGCUCAAUGUAAGUUUCAGCUGUUGUUAUGAAACUGGUUAUUAUAUACUUUAUCUAUAAGAGAUUUAUUCAAUAUAGGUGUUUGUGUAAGAUCACAUAAGUUGAUUUAUAUUUGUAAUGGUAUUGAAAACUGGUUAAAGUUUGUAAAUGAGUCACUUUAAAAAAAAAAAUUGUUUUGAAGCGGUUUUCAAUUCAACCAACUUCAGUAUCUUAUAUACACCAAUCUAAAAGGCUGGAGGUGGCAAUAAGUUGUUAAUUUUUCAUUUUAAUAAACACAUGAAAUUAUU